CUUGUUCAUGUCUUUUAUCUAGUGUUCUCAGUCCUGUGGAAAAGGAAUACAGGUCAGGGUAGUUACCUGCAUCAAUCUUGUUAAACUUCAAGUUCCUUUACAACACUGCAAUCCUUCUACACAACCUGCAAGAAUGCAGUUAUGUUUUUCUCAUCCAUGCUGGACUUCUGAGUACCAAACUCGUUGGUAUCUUGGCCCAUGGGGUUCUUGUUCAGUGAGUUGUGGGUCUGGAAUUCAGCUUCGGGAAGUACUGUGUGUUAACCAGUUGGAAAAGUUGGUUUCUUAUGAUCACUGUGAUGGACCAUUGCCUGAAACUCAGCAACAAUGCAUUCAACCAUCUUGUCCUGAGUGGAUAUUGACUAAUUGGACAGAGUGCUCAACAACUUGUGGAUGGGGAAGACAAGAACGUUUUUAUUAUUGCCAUCAAAACAAUAAGUCAGUUGAUUUUUCCAUGUGUGGGCCAUCAACUCCAUCUGAAAUCAAAUCCUGCAAAAUGAGAUCUUGUAUUUUUCAUUGGAGAAAGGGAAAGUGGAAUAAAUGCAGUGCCACAUGUGGACAUGCAGUUAAGAAACGUAAAGUAAUUUGUACUGACCUCCAUGGUAAAGUCACUGAAGACAAGAUGUGCAUGCCCAAACAGAAACCCAGGCUAACUCGGAAAUGCAGGCACAUUCCACCAUGUCCUUACAUAUGGAAGACUGGAGAAUGGUCUUUGUGCAAUAGAUCAUGUAAUCCAGGGAUUCAGAUUCGUACAGCAGGUUGUUACCAAGUGAAUCUGUAUGGGUGGGUGGACCCCAAACCUCUUGCUCGUCUACUUGACCACAACCAAACAUGGUGUGAUGAAAACAGUCGACCCAAGCUGAUAAGGUCAUGCAACCUUGGGAACUGUAAUGAUGGAGUUGCAUGGAAACCUGGGCCCUGGCAACCAUGUUCUGUUACUUGUGGUACUGGAAUGCAGAAAAGACGUGUUCCUUGUUAUAACCUAAAUGGGCAAAAGAUCAACAGAAAAUACUGUCAUCAUUCCAUGAGACCAAUGAGAAGAAGAAAAUGCUACAAGAAACCAUGUAAGCUUUCAAUUUGGAAAAAGUAGUGAACAAGUAUUAACUUAUGUUGUAAAAAUAUUAUAUUUUAGUUAUUUGUAUUUUUAAUUAUAGAAGAAGAAACAUAUUUUU